ACUACGUGGAGAUGCCCGCCUAAGGCAAGACUUAAAAUCAAUAAUAUUGAUGGAGCUUUCUAGUCCGAGCUCAGACUUUGGUGGUGUGGGUGUUGUGGUUCGAGAUGAGUUUGGAACAUGCAGGGGUGGAAUCACACGAUUUCUACCUUUCGCGUCGUCAGCUAUGCACAUAGAAGCAGAAGCUUGUAGAUCUGGGCUGCAUCAAGGCUUCAAGCAAUUCAUCAAGGUCGGUAGGUGUUUGAUUGGAGAGAGAUUGUUCCGUCUCGAUAACUGCACUAAAACAGAUGGAUAAUGACCUCUCUGAGAUGGGGCAGAUAAUAGAAAUUUGCAAGUACGUCUUUUAUGGACGUUUAGAUACGUCAUGUUUUUCGAGAAACAAACGAUGUGGCUUAUAAAUUAGCACAUUUUGCUAGUCGGUGAAUCACCCAAUAUUCCCAUAUUUCUAUUACAGCUGCUAAAACAACACAACGACGACUAUUACUAUUACUAUUACAGUAUUACUACGACUACUGGCUACUGCGACUACGAGUCUGCGACCACUGUGACAGAAAAAAGAAUGUUUGGACUACUGUGAAUCGAAGGAUAGAUCUUUGGGUAAAUAAGUAGUUUGAAGUUAAGAAAAGAGUGCAACAGCAGGACAGGAAAAAGAAUGAAGGAGGUGAUGUCCUUUCUGGUGAGGAGGUGCUACAGCCUGAAACACAUCCAGCAAGCUCAUGGGUUGAUGGUACCCCGAGGCCUUGACGAGGACAACAGACUCCUUUCCCGAUUCAUCGAGGCCUGCUCUUGUCUUGGCUUCUCGAACUACGCCUACUCCGUCUUCACCCGCAUUCGGGUGCCAAACAUUUAUCUCUACAACACCAUGAUCAAGGCUCUACCUCCAUCCGAGGCCAUUUCUGUUUACAACAAAAUUCAAGUCGCCGCCUUGCGCCCCGAUACCUACUCCAUCCCCUUUGUGCUCAAGGCCGUCGUUCGCCUCGGCCUCGCCGCAGUUGGGAUAGGCAGACAGGUCCACUGCCAUAGCAUUGGCACUGGGCUGGACACCCACGUCAGCGUGGUCACUGCCCUCAUUCACAUGUAUUCCUCUUGCGCAUCUGUUUCCGAUGCUCGCAGACUGUUCGACGGAGCUGCCUUUAGGGAUGUCGCUCUCUGGAACGCAAUGAUCGCCGGAUAUGCCAAACUGGGUGACGUAGAUACUGCCCGCCAUCUGUUCGAAACAAUGCCUCUCAAUAAUAGCAAUGUCAUUUCCUGGACUGCCCUCAUUGCCGGAUAUGCUCAGGUCAACCGCCCCACCGACGCCAUCAUGGUCUUCCGGAGAAUGCAGCUUCACAAUGUUCAACCUGAUGAGAUAGCAAUGUUGGCCGCGCUUUCUGCUUGUGCCCAGUUAGGUGCCCUCCACUUUGGGGAGUGGAUUCAUAACUACAUUCAGAAACAUGGAUUUCGUGAGCUGGUUUCUCUUAACAAUGCUCUUAUAGACAUGUACGCCAAGUCCGGCAACAUAAGAAAAGCCCUUCAAGUUUUCCAUAGUACCAAAUAUAAAACUGUUAUAACUUGGACGACCAUGAUAGCUGGACUUGCCCUGCAUGGUCUUGGAACACAAGCCCUUGACAUGUUUGCUCAAAUGGAAAGGGCUAAAAUUGCACCCAACGACAUCACUUUCAUUGCCAUCCUUUCUGCUUGUAGCCAUGCCCGGUUGGUUGAAACGGGCCUUUGCUAUUUUAACAUCAUGGUUUCGAGGUAUCGGAUUGAACCCAAAAUUGUGCACUAUGGCUGCAUGGUUGAUCUACUUGGGCGUGCCGGUUAUCUUCAAGAGGCAAAGGAACUUGUUAGGCAGAUGCCAUUUGAAGCAAAUGCGGCUAUAUGGGGGUCUCUUCUUGCUGCUUCUAACAUUCAUGGAAAUGAUGAGCUCGGGGAGCAUGCUUUACAGCAUCUAUUAAUGUUAGAGCCCCAGAAUAGUGGAAAUUAUUCACUUUUGUCUAAUAUAUAUACUGCUCUGGGUAGGUGGAAUAAAUCUAGGAUGCUAAGGAAAGUGAUGAGGGACAAUGGUGUGAAGAAGAUGCCAGGCAGGAGUUUCAUAGAAGUGAAUAGCAGAGUUCAUGGAUUCAUUGCAGGAGACAAAUCACAUUCCGAGGGAGAUAGGAUAUAUGAAGUCCUGUACAAGCUUUUCAGGCAGUCUAAAUUGGCUGGCCGUCCGCAACAAGAUUGUGGGGAGCUGCUUGAAUUCGAUGAAUAGCCACUGGCCACAAUGUCAUUGAUACUAAUUCAAUCCGUGCAACAUUUAGGUUCUAACCACUUUCAGAAUCUGAGCUUACUUGGGAUGUUGGUUGUCGGAGGAGGAGGUUUGCUGCACCAGCUUAUCUGUACCAGCCUUUUCAUCGCCCAGGAGGGAAUUCCAGUUUCUCUUCAGUAGUUAGGAGGUGGUCUGAUCCAGAUUUUCUUCUGCUGCAAACAGUAGGUCUCAUAAACCUUGGUACCUGGGAUAAGGGAGGUGCUGAGAUAUAUG